AACAUUGUGAUGCUCGUAGUUAUCAAUAUCUUAAGGUGGUGCUAUUUUUGAUAUAUUUGUUAAUGGAUUUGUAUGACGGCAUUGAUACGAGGGCUCGAUCUAGCCAGAUUGAUGGAUGGUCUUCGGGAAUAAAAAUGUUGCAGACCCAGUUGGCAUUAAAAAUGGCUGUCAAAAAGCCACUUAUGACGCCAGUGGUUAAUCUAAGGUCCAAACGCCUUGCAGAGCCAGAAGUUACUUGUUUUGCUCCAAUUACUACAGUUUUAUCCAAGCCAUUAAUAAGUGGCAAAGCCCUACCAUCCAUACUGGAAAGUAUAAACAGUGGUGGCUGGGACGUUACUGAUGAAUACGAUCCGCAAUGGCCAAAUGAAUAUGAAAAACUUAAAGAGAAAAGUAAUGGCAGUGACAAUAUUCGAGCAGGCGUAAGUGAUCGAGAAGAUCGAGAGGACAAAGAAAAAGAUCGGAAACGUGGACGCGUCGGUCGUCGAGAAGUUUACAGAGAAGAAGUCUCAGGCCAGAAUCUGAAGCUCAGCGGGUUUGGCCAGCGGCAAAACAAUGCUGACACAUACUUGCCAUCUCCGGGCCCUGUAGCUAAACAGGGUGGUGCCACAAUCGCUCCCCCUCCUUCCCUCCAAGAAAUCUCUAUUGAUAGUGGUUGUGAAGCCACUAAUACAAUGCCGUAUUCUGCCAGCUCGGUGGCCGCCAAAAUUAUGGCUAAAUAUGGGUUUAAGGAUGGUCAAGGCCUCGGAAAAUCGGAGCAGGGCAUGGCAAUGGCUCUUCAAGUAGAGAAAACUUCCAAACGUGGUGGACGGAUCAUACACGAAAAAGACGUUUUUCUGCCACCCCUGGCAUUGUCGCCACCUGCUAUUUGCUCCCAAAUAGGAACAAGUCCUAGCCACAAGGCCAUGCCUCCUCCCCAGAUGGUAGGCACGGCGUCUGAGAGUGGUGACAGCAUUACGGAGAUUAUGAAAUCACCAAGCAAGGUUGUUCUUCUGCGCAACAUGGUUGGACCCGGGGACGUUGACGAAGAAUUGGAACCCGAGGUAAAAGACGAAUGCAACACCAAGUACGGGGAAGUGAACAGUGUCAUCAUUCACGAAUCGUUCGGAACUGUUCCAGAAGAUGCAGUUAAAAUAUUCGUAGAGUUUAGGCGCAUCGAAAGUGCCAUUAAAGCUGUAGUGGACCUUAAUGGGCGUUUUUUUGGAGGACGUCAAGUGCGAGCGGGGUUUUACAACUAUGAUAAGUUUAAAUGUUUCCAAUUAUAUUAGGGCUAAUACAACCAAGAUUGGAUUUAUUUUUUUUUAAGUUAUCAAUAUGCCGAAAACAUUUUAACCGCACCAAA